GACGAUUGCAAAUUGAACCUAAACAAAAAAAUGCAAUUUAGGCCCAGAAUUUAAAACCCUAGCGAUCUUAUCUGAUUCUCGCAGUCAAGUCGGUUUGUUGCAAUUUGGGAGACGAGGAAGGAAGAGAAGUCGGGAAAUAGGAGAAGGAUUACGAAAACAUGCUGCGUGGUAUUACACACUCCUCCUCGAAGAUUUGGACGAGAAGGACCGCGUCAUCAUUUCUAUCGAGGCAGUAGCUUCAGGUCUUUCGCUGGAGCUGUUGAAAACAACAUCAAGAAGAAUGAAACUGGAGACGAUACUGAGCUGCAAUCUGCGAUGGGGAGUGCACAUUCAGCUGUAUACGAGGCUGAAAAAUGUGUCGUGGCUCACCAGAGGAUGAUCAAAGACAUCAGUCUCAAAGUAAUUCGUCUAGAAAAAGCCAUGGAGUCAGACGACAUUGCAGAAAUCUUGGCUUCCGCUCGAGAUUUGAAGCAAAAUCUCGACUUUAGCGGACAUUCUCCAAGAAAUGACCAUACGUUUCCAACUGAAUUAACAGCCGUCCUUCUGCAGAGGUUUGGUGGUAAACCCUCUGUUUAGAUGGGAAGAAAUCUCAGGGUUUCACAGAUGAAGAUGCUCAAGACUAAAGUCGACCCUGCGAAGGUCUCUGAUCGGUUUGCAAAUCUAACUCUGGCAAGGUCAAUUGUUGCUACAAUCGUUUUAGCUGUCUUAUAUUAUCUUUAGAUGAAGCAUUGGAAAUCAGAUACUGUAUGUUUUAUGGCACAAGAUGCUUAUUAACUUCGAAGCAUAACUUAUCUUGUGCAUAUUUUCGUCAUAUCACACUGGAGGCCUCGAAUUGAAUAGUGCAAAGAAAGUUUUGAUUGAAAAAUAAAAAGAAUAUUAGUUUUGUUG